AUGCCAUCGCUGCAAGGGCCCGGGCGCGAUCGAGGGGAAGACUCCGCUCUGCUCGCCCGGUUCUUCGCACACUAUGUCUCCGUACAUCCCAGCAAACACGUCCUGAACGCGCAAGUCUCCAUUCGCGCUCCAUGUUGCAAACAAUGGUUUGACUGCGCCGAAUGUCACGCGGAGACGCAGGAUCACCUGCUGAAGAAGACGGUGGAGAUGCACUUCCUCUGCAAGAAAUGCAAAAAGGCAUUCCGCAAAGACAUGUCCAACUACGAGGAGAGCGACGAGUUCUGUCCACAUUGCGAUAAUCACUACGUCAUCGAGGCCAAGACUCCCCAAGCAGUCCUCGGCGUAGAAGGAGAUGAUCCUCGAAUCAACGCGCGCAUGCUCAAGGACGAGCGCGUCAAGGAAGAUCCUGCUCGAUCCCUGUUCGCACAGGACUUCACGGAACGUAUGGGCUAACCCCUUGGGACCUUUUUCUACUGUGCAGUAUCAUGUUUGCCAUGCCGUCGCUGUCUGGCCCGCAAUAUAAUAAUGUCAUCGUCGUUGUGCCGUGCUUUACGAAUGCCGCCUGGACCUGUGCGCGCAUCAAGCCAACCUUUGAUGACACCAGUCUGUAUCGGCAAGGC